AUGUUUCAUUGUAAUCAUUUUCUUCUUAUUAUAUUUCUUUUAAAAUUUUGUUUUACAUUUAAUAAUAAUCAACAAUGUUUAAUUCGUGAUACAUGUACAAAUUCAUCUUAUAUAUCUCCAUCAAUUUAUAAAGAUGAACUAUUUAUACAAUCACGAAAUUGUUUUUGUGAUUCAGUUUGUGAACAAUAUGGUGAUUGUUGUUAUCCUACAAAAUUAUUAACAAAUAAUUAUGAAUGUAUAGAUUAUAUUUUACCAACAAUAGGGAAUGAAAAUCCUUUACAUAAUAAUUUAUUUGUUUGGAUGCGUACAGAAUGUUUAUCAAUAUAUAUUGGUUCACAAGUUGAUGUACAAUGUCGAAAUUUAAAUAAUCAAAUAUUUAAUGAUAAUCCAAUAUUAUUUAUUCCAGUAACAAGUAUACAAACAAAUAUAACAUAUAGAAAUUAUUAUUGUGCUUAUUGUAAUAAUGAUGCAAAUGAAAAUAUAAAAUUUUGGGAAUAUAAAACAUAUUGUUCUAAAAAUAUUGUUGAUAAACAUAAUGUAAUUAUAAAUAAUUAUCAAGACAUACAAUAUUAUAUUCAUAAUUUAACAAAAAAUUGUUUAAAAACUAUUAUUUAUCCUCAUUAUCAAGAUAAUUUUCAACCAUCAGUUUUUAUUCGUCCUUGUAAAAAAUCUCUUCCGCCAACGUGUCCUUUAGAUACAUCAAUUGAUUUAGCACAAAAUUGUUCAUCAUUUGGUACAGCUUAUCGUUAUGUACAAAAUUCAAGUAUUAUUUAUCAUAAUUAUUAUUGUGCUAAAUGUAAUCAUAUAAAUAAUAGUGAUGAAAUAACAUGUUUAGAUCCAUAUUUACGUUCAUCAUUAUCAUUGUUACCACAGAUACGUAUUAAUCCACUUUCAAUAUUAUUUGAUCCAAAUCUUCUUCAACGUUAUUUAAAUAAUAAUACAAUACCUAAUUUUAUUUAUUCAAUUAGUUAUAAUUGUACAAAAUUAAAUGAAUAUUAUGAUUUAUUUGAAAAAAAAUGUUCACAAAUUACAAAUUCAAAUCAACAAUUUAUUAUUUCAAUGAAAUGUUCAUAUCCAAUUCAAACAUUAAUUCAAUCAGAUGAUAAAAUUUAUUAUAAUAAUGGAAGUAUAUAUCUUGCUAAUGAUUCGAUUUUAUUAAUAAAAGAUGAAUAUGUUUUUAUUAGUAACAAUGUAAUUGUUUUUUGUGCUGAUCGAUGGAAAAAUUUAGAACCAUCAUUAAUUAUUACACCUUCAUUACCAUUUUAUCGUAAUAUAUUAUCUGUAAUUUGUACUUCAAUCUCUCUCGGAUGUCUUCUUCUAUUUUGUAUGAUUUUUUAUUUAAUUCCUUCUUUACAUAAUUUACCUGGAAAAUGUUUAUUAUUUCUUUCUAUAUCAUUAUUUAUUGGUCAAUUAACAUUUAUUUCUACUUCACAUUUAACUAAAUAUAAUUCUAUUUGUUUUUUAUCAGCUAUAAUAAUUCAUUAUUGUUAUUUAUCUUCAUUUAUUUGGUUAUUAAUUAUAUCUAUUCAUAUUCAUUCAACAUUUAAUCAUCAAACAAUACAACAAGAUAAAAUUGAUAAAAAUUAUCCUCGUUUAAUCGUUUAUAAUAUUCUUGUUUGUUGUUCAACUGGUAGUAUUAUAUUAAUAGCAUGUUUAAUACAAUUUAUUAUUCCACAAUCAAAAUUUUCUCCAUCAUAUGGUUUAAUUUAUUGUUCAAUAUCAAAUAUAAAUGCAAUGAUUAUUUUCUUUCUUUUACCUAUUGGUUGUUUAUUUAUAAUAAUAACAAUUUUAUUUAUUAAAACUCUUUUAGCUAUUUAUCAUUCACAUAAAAUAGCUAAAUUAGUUAAUGUAACAUCUUCUUCAAAUACAAUAAAUAAUAAUUUAAUAUUUAUCUAUGUUCGUUUAGCAUCAUUAAUGGGUAUUCAAUGGUUUUUAUUAAUUUUUGCUCUUAUUAUAAGACAAACAUGGUCAUGGUUAAUAUUUGAAAUAAUUAAUUCUUUACCUGGAGUAUUUAUUUGUUUUGGAUUUUUAUGUUCAAAACGUAUAUUAAAUAAUUUAAAACAAAAAAUUUCAAUGAAAUUACUUAUUAGACGACAAUCAUCACACAGUAGUACAACAACAUCAACAACAUUAACAUCAACAUUACCAAAGAUAAAUGUUAUGAAAAAAUUUCAUUUUUAA